CCAUUUUCUGGAGGACAUUUUCUGUUGGCCUGCUAUAAAAUUCUCCAAGUUCUCCAGGGUUUAGGUUCUCUAUGGAGGACUUCUUCUCCAGAGGGAUCCAUCCAUCCUAUAAGAUCCAUUCUCUGGAGGACAUUAGAUGCCUUCUAUGGUGGUCUCUUAAUGAAGUUCUCCCAUAUUCUCCGGGGUUUAGGGUUUAGGUUCUCCAUUGAGGACUUUGAGACCCUCUUCUCCAGGAGAAUCCAUCCAUCCUAUAAGAUCCACCCAUAGAGAAACAACGAUCAAGGAAGUGAACCUGCAACAAAGCUGUUAGCUCUGCAAACCACAAGCUCCACCUUCUCACUGAGACGGAAAUCACCCUACUUGACUCACCCUUCUUUCCACUGACGAGCGAGGACGGUUGUCUGUCCUGGCAAACGGACUAACUUCUCCGGGAACAUGGCAGAGCAAGAGAGUCUAGAAUUUGGGAAAGCUGAUUUUGUCCUCUUGGACCAAGUGACCAUGGAGGACUUCCUGGAGAACCUGAAGCUCAGGUUUGAGAAGGGACGCAUCUACACCUACAUCGGGGAAGUUGUGGUCUCCGUCAACCCGUACAAACCUCUGUCGCUCUACGGGAAGGACGCGAUCGAGCAUUACCGGGGUCGGGAACUCUACGAGAGGCCGCCUCACCUCUACGCCGUGGCCGACGCGGCCUACAAGGCCAUGAAGAGACGGGCCAUGGACACCUGUGUGGUCAUCUCAGGAGAAAGUGGGGCUGGAAAAACAGAGGCCAGUAAAUACAUCAUGCGAUAUAUCGCCGCCAUCACCAAUCCGAGCCAGAGGGCCGAAGUGGAAAGGGUGAAAAAUGUUCUGCUCAAAUCAAAUGGCGUUCUGGAGGCCUUUGGCAACGCCAAAACUAACCGCAACGACAAUUCCAGCCGGUUCGGCAAAUACAUGGACAUCAAUUUCGACUUCAAGGGAGAUCCUACGGGAGGACACAUCAGCAACUACCUGUUGGAAAAGUCGCGGGUCCUCAAACAGCAACCGGGCGAGAGGAACUUCCAUGCCUUCUACCAGUUGCUUCUUGGUGCCUCCGACGCUAAGCUGAAAUCUCUCCACCUGGUUGGAGACCCAAUGGCCUACAGGUUUACCAAGGAAGGUGGUAGUAAUAACAGGUCUUUGGAGAGUGAGAAAAGCAACUAUCAAUCCGUCCUGGAUGCCAUGAAAGUGAUCGGUUUUACUUCUGAGGAGAUCAAUUCCGUGCAGAAGAUCCUGGCAGCCAUUUUACACUUGGGAAACGUGAAUUUCAUCUGCUCCGGCGACGAGGUGGCCGUCGAAGACCCACAACUGGUCUCCUACCUUGCGGAGUUGACUUCCACCGAGCCAGAGAGCCUCCUGAACACCCUCCUGUACCGGACGGUGGCUGCGGGCGGUGGGGAGGUGAUCCAAAAAGGCCACGGUUGUGAUGAAGCGAACUACGCGCGGGAUGCUUGCGCCAAGGCUAUUUACGAGCGGCUGUUUUGUUGGAUCGUGACCCGUAUCAACGCGAUCAUCGCUGUCAAGGACUAUGAUCCUCGUAUCCACGGCAAAAAUACAGUCAUCGGUGUCUUGGACAUUUAUGGCUUUGAGAUCUUCGACAACAACAGCUUCGAGCAGUUUUGUAUCAACUACUGCAACGAGAAACUUCAGCAGCUCUUCAUCGAGUUGAUCCUCCAGCAGGAACAGCAGGAAUACCAGCGCGAGGGGAUCGAAUGGCAACACAUUGAAUAUUUUGACAAUCAAAUCAUUGUCGAUCUGGUGGAAGAGCCGCACAAGGGGAUCAUCGCCAUCCUGGACGAAGCUUGCUUGACCGUAGGAAAAGUCACCGAUGCCCUAUUCUUGGAGAGCAUGGAUAACAGGCUUGGCAAACACCCUCAUUAUACCAGCAGGAAGCUCAAUUCCUCUGACAAAUCCAUGGAGUACGGACGCGAUUUCCGGAUCAAGCAUUACGCAGGAGACGUUACGUAUUCCGUGGAAGGAUUUCUUGAUAAGAAUAAGGAUACUCUGUUCCAGGAUUUCAAGCGACUGCUGUACAACAGCGCAGACCCCAUCCUUCAGGAGAUGUGGCCGGAGGGCAAGCAGAGCAUCACGGAGGUGACGAAGCGCCCCCUGACUGCGGCCACCCUCUUCAAGAACUCCAUCGUGGCCUUGGUGGACAACCUAGCUUCCAAGGAGCCUUACUACGUUCGUUGCAUCAAGCCCAAUGACCAGAAGUCCCCGUUUCUGUUCGAUGAGGAACGCUGCCGUCACCAAGUCUCGUAUUUGGGUCUGCUGGAGAACGUCCGGGUCCGAAGGGCUGGCUUUGCCUACAGGCAACCGUACCACCGUUUCUUACUCCGGUACAAGAUGACAUGUGAAUACACCUGGCCCAACCACCUCAUGCCCUCCGACGGCGCAGCCACCCAAGCUUUGAUAGAGCAACAUUGCUUCCAAGACGACGUGGCUUACGGCGAAACGAAGAUCUUCAUCCGAACGCCCCGGACCUUGUUCUCCCUGGAACAAGAGCGCGCCAACCUGAUACCCAUUAUUGUGUUGUUGUUGCAGAAGGUUUGGAGGGGAGCCCUUGCCCGCAAACGUUGCCGAUACCUACGGGCCAUCUACACCAUCAUGUCCUACUACAAGCGUCACAAAGUGAAGUCUCACUUAUUGGAGCUCGUACAACGCUUCCAUGGGGUGCGGAACAUGGCCGACUAUGGCAAAACCGUUGAGUGGCCGGAGCCUCCAGCGGUGCUGACCCAGUUCCAGGAGAUCAGCAAACUCAUCUUUUGCAGGUGGCGAGCCAGGCAGCUGGUGACCAACAUCCCUCCGUCCGAGAUGGGCCAAAUCAAAGCCAAAGUUGCCGCCUUUGACGUCUUGCAAGACCGGAGGAAAAAUUGGGGUUGUUGCCGAAACUGGAGACAGAACUAUUUAGUGUUGGCAGAGGAGAACCCAGCCUUGGCUACCCAGUUCGUCAAACAGGUCUCAGCCCUGAAAGACAAGAUGCACUUCAGUUCCGUCUUGUUCUCAUGCCACGUGCGUAAGAUCAACCGGUGUAACAAACGGACGGAUCGAGCUCUACUGAUCACCGACCAGCACCUCUACAAACUGGACCCCCGGAAGCAAUACCGAGUCAAGAAGGCCAUUGCUCUCGGCACAGUGUCCGGUCUGAGUGUCACCACAGGCGAGGACCAGUUGGUCGUUUUCCACCUGGAGAAGCAGAAGUACCUGGUGGUGUGUCUUCACAAAAUGCAACCGGCCAACGACAACCGGGUCGGAGAGCUGGUUGGAGUCAUGGUGGACCACUUCAGGAGGCUCAAACGAGACCUCCAAGUGACAGUGUCCGACCGCAUCCCGCUUAGCCAAAACAACCGGAAACGCUUAGUGACGGUCACGACCCGGGACGACGUGACCCUGCCGGAUUUCGCCAAGACCCGGGAUGGCUUUGUGCUCUCCUGGCCAAGGAGCCGAUGAACCAGUGUUGCCUUGAACCUUUCUGGCUCCUGGGAGAGCAGCCAAAACGAUACCACAAAUCAUAA